AUGAAUAACGAAAUCGAAUAUUAUGUAAGUGGUACUGGUUCUCAAUCAAUUAAUGACACGAUUCAGCCAACAAAACCUGAAUUUGCAUUUGAUCAAAUAGACAAGAACUAUGAUUGGUGCUCUGAUUGUGGGCAAUAUCCAGAUGAGCAUCCUUACAUUGUUUUUUCUAUCAAAGACAAAUUUAUUCAUUUUAAUGGAUAUAUGAUAAGGGCUGGCUGUUGCGCUGAUAAAGGUUGUUGCUGUCGUUAUAAGGGUUUUCACUGCUGCGAAUGUUGUAUUUACAGCUGGUCCCUCCAAAUUUCUGAUAAUAAAAGAAAAUGGAAAACUAUACACCAAGUAAAGAAAGACAAUGAACUGGUCUAUUGCAAAGAGAAAAUAUAUAAAUUUUCUGAAACCUACGUAACAAAAUACAUCAGAAUGAUUCAAGAUGAAAAUUGCCCAGGAGAUCCUCCCUGCAUGGGCUUGAAUAAAAUUGAAUUCUUUGGCAAAUAUGUUCGAGAUCCAAUUCGAAUGUAUGAGAUUAGUUUGGAAGAAUUGGAAGAUAAAGAUGAAGAUGAAGUUAGUAUAAUAGGGCGUGUUCAUAACUGA